GGCGCGCGCCGACUCAUCCUUCACGGGGAACGCGCUUUCAUGGCACGAGCGCGCGCGAAGCGGUGUGCAGAUGUGUCGCAGAUUUUGUAAAGUCACUGGACGAGUGCUGAGGAAGUCGCUCCAGAUAAACCGGCCUCUGAAAGUGGCAGCAAACCGAAGCGGCGACAGAGAAGAGCGGAGGACGGAGCCGAGGCACGCGCCCUCAAUAGCAGUUACCGUUAGCUUAGUUUGUGAGGGAGAAGGACGUUAGUUUGACAGUUAAAUCCCCACGGAGGAUUGGUGCGCACAAGAGAUGGAGCUCUCUGCCAUUGGAGAGCAAGUGUUUGCCGUGGAAUCAAUUCUGAAGAAAAGACUUCGAAAGGGUAAUGUGGAGUACCUGCUGAAGUGGAAAGGAUGGCCUCCAAAGUACAGCACCUGGGAGCCUGAGGAGCACAUCCUGGACCGGCGCCUGGUGCAGGCGUUCGAGGACAAAGAAGAGAAAGAGAGAGUCAUUGGCCACAGGAGGAAAGGAUCCAAGUCAAAACGACUCCUGCUACAGGACACCAUUUACACCAUGGACCUCCGCAGCGCUCACAAGAUUCCCGCCAAGCCUCCUCCUCGCCUGCGUCUCUCUCUGACGCGCUCCCUGGUUCCUGACGACGAGGAGGAUGAGGAUGAGGAUGAGGAUGACGCCUGGGUUCCUUCUCGAACACAUCGUAAGAGCAAGCAGGGCAGACGACUUAGCUUAAACGUCCAGAGUCCCUCACAAGACGCCUGGGAGGAGGAGGAGGAAGAAGAGGAAGAGGAGGAGAACAGUGCAGAGGAUAGUGAACACAGAGAGGAAGAGGAGGCUGAGAUGGGAGAAGGUGUUUUUAACGGACACAGGGGCCCAGAUAACUGGAGCACAGCAGUGGGGUCCGGCGGCGCUGCUGCGUCAGACAAACUGUGGCGACCCAUGGUGGCCCCAGGAGAGGUGACGGUCACAGACGUCACCCUCAACGCCCUCACAGUGACCUUCAGGGAGUCCAGAGCGGCCAGAGGAUUCUUCCGGGACUGGGGCCUGGAGGUGUGGGAGCAGACAGAAACUGUUGCCUUGGAGACCGCCUGGUUGGACCGUAAGCAGAAACACAUUUUUCUAGUCAUUUUUCUACAUUGACCUGAAUGUAUAUUUAUUGUGUAUGGGUCCUGCAUAUAACUGCACAUGAUUGUUUUCUACAGGUUUGUUAUAACCAGAUCCCAUGUACAGAGUAACUGUACUGAUGUGAUAGAACAAGCGCCCCCUGCAGGGCUUCAUGUUGCCUCCUGUUGUCGUUGCGCCGCACCUGUCCACCAGAAGCUAGCACUGUACCGCGAUGUGAAUCCGCACAUUACCUGCUCCACUCUAUCAAGUGUUGUCGUGUUUCGACUGCUUGUUGGGUAACAUGAAAAUAAAUGUUGCACAUGUUUACUAUGA